CUCAAGCCAGCCCCGCAGGGCGAGCAGUCCUACUCUGGGUUCACCGGAGCUGAAGCCUUGCAGCAGAACUUCCUCCUCGCUCUUCUGGCUUUGAUCCUCACUGUACAUCAGACCAGAGGCGCUGAAGGGAGGGAGGAUGCGAGAUGACUGGCCCUUUGGCAACCUGACCAUCUCCUUAGCAGAGUCUUGGAAAGACAGCCAGAGACUGACUGCAGCACCAAGGAGGCGCCGCACCUCUUGUGGAUGUGUCUGUGUGUGUGUGAGUGGGUGUGAGUGAGGGUGUGUGUGCGUGCAUUGUGACUGUGUGUGUGCGUGUCCAGAUGAGUGUGUGAGUGCAUGCGUGUGUGUGUGAGUGUGUGUGUGUGUGUGUGUGUGUGUGUGUACGCGCUUGUGUUCUUUUUUUUUUUUUUUUUAAGAAAAAAUCUUGAAAAUCUGGGGCAGGUUACUGUGCUCCUAGAGUAGUGGUUCUUUUGCAAGAGGAGCUGACCAGACCAAGCUACUAGAGACAUUUUUUGCGAGUAAAGAGAAUUUUCCUUCCAGGAGAGGGAUUUUCCCCCCUCUGGCUCUGCAGCCAAGUGAAAGAGAUUAGCCCCUAAACCUGGGAAAUCGACUAGAGCCGUGUAAGAGAGAAUACGGGAAGAAAAGGAGAUAUAAAUUAAAUAGCUUGCCAGUGCCUUUGGCCACAUUGGAAGAUGUCAUCUCAAACUAAGUUCAAGAAAGACAAAGAGAUCAUUGCUGAAUAUGAAGCCCAAAUAAAAGAGAUCCGCACGCAGCUGGUGGAGCAGUUCAAAUGCUUGGAGCAGCAGUCGGAGUCCAGGCUGCAGCUGCUACAGGACCUCCAGGAGUUUUUCCGCCGGAAGGCUGAGAUCGAGCUGGAGUACUCCCGCAGCCUGGAGAAGCUGGCUGAGCGGUUCUCCUCCAAGAUCCGCAGCUCCCGGGAGCACCAGUUUAAGAAGGACCAGUAUCUCCUAUCACCUGUGAACUGCUGGUAUCUGGUCCUGCAUCAGACCAGACGGGAGAGCCGAGACCAUGCCACCCUCAAUGACAUCUUCAUGAACAACGUCAUCGUCCGCCUCUCACAGAUCAGUGAGGAUGUCAUCAGACUCUUCAAAAAGAGCAAGGAGAUUGGCCUGCAGAUGCACGAGGAGCUCCUGAAGGUCACCAAUGAGCUCUACACAGUCAUGAAAACCUACCACAUGUACCAUGCAGAGAGCAUCAGUGCGGAGAGCAAGCUGAAGGAGGCUGAGAAGCAGGAGGAGAAGCAGUUCAACAAGGCGGGAGAGCUCAGCAUGAACCUGCUCCGGCACGAUGACCGGCCCCAGCGCCGCAGCUCCGUGAAGAAGAUUGAGAAGAUGAAGGAGAAGAGGCAGGCAAAGUAUUCUGAGAACAAACUGAAGUGCACGAAGGCCCGGAAUGACUACUUGCUGAAUCUGGCUGCCACCAACGCAGCUAUAAGCAAAUACUACAUCCACGAUGUCUCCGACCUGAUAGACUGCUGUGAUUUGGGCUUUCAUGCCAGCCUGGCCCGCACCUUCCGGACCUACCUCUCAGCCGAGUACAACCUGGAGACCUCUCGCCACGAGGGGCUGGAUGUUAUUGAGAAUGCAGUGGACAACCUGGAUUCCAGAAGUGACAAGCACACGGUCAUGGACAUGUACAACCAGGUCUUCUGUCCUCCACUCAAGUUUGAGUUCCAGCCCCACAUGGGUGAUGAGGUGUGCCAAGUCAGCGCUCAGCAGCCUGUCCAGACAGAAUUACUCAUGCGGUACCACCAGCUGCAGUCCAGACUGGCCACUCUCAAGAUAGAGAAUGAGGAGGUGAGAAAAACCCUGGAUGCCACCAUGCAGACCUUACAGGACAUGCUGACCGUGGAGGACUUUGAUGUCUCUGAUGCCUUCCAACACAGUCGGUCCACAGAGUCCGUAAAGUCGGCUGCCUCUGAGACCUACAUGAGCAAGAUCAACAUCGCCAAAAGGAGAGCCAACCAGCAGGAGACAGAAAUGUUUUAUUUUACAAAAUUUAAAGAAUAUGUGAACGGCAGUAACCUCAUCACUAAGCUGCAGGCCAAGCACGACUUACUCAAGCAGACCCUGGGUGAAGGGGAAAGAGCAGACUGUGGCACAACCAGCAGAAGAGAUGGAAGGCUUAGGCUGCCCCACUUUCCUUGGCUGAGCUGCCCCCCUGCUCCCCACUUUGUGCCUCACCCAGCAUUUCAAGGAAGAAGAAAUGCUCGAACCAGGAACCAGGAUUCGGGACAAGCUAUCCCGCUGGUAGUUGAGAGCUGCAUCCGAUACAUCAAUUUAUACGGACUCCAGCAGCAAGGGAUCUUCCGAGUGCCAGGAUCUCAGGUCGAAGUCAAUGACAUAAAAAAUUCCUUUGAGAGAGGUGAAGACCCCCUUGUGGAUGACCAAAAUGAGCGAGAUAUCAAUUCCGUUGCUGGUGUUUUAAAACUGUAUUUCCGAGGACUGGAAAAUCCACUCUUUCCUAAGGAAAGGUUUCAAGAUUUGAUAUCUACUAUUAAACUGGAGAGCCCAGCUGAGAGGGUGCACCAGAUCCAACAAAUCCUCAUCACCCUUCCCCGUGUGGUCAUCGUGGUCAUGAGAUAUCUCUUCGCUUUCCUCAACCACCUCUCGCAGUACAGUGACGAGAACAUGAUGGAUCCCUACAACCUGGCCAUCUGCUUCGGGCCCACCCUCAUGCACAUUCCUGAUGGGCAGGACCCUGUGUCCUGCCAGGCACAUGUCAAUGAAGUCAUCAAAACCAUCAUCAUCCAUCAUGAAGCCAUCUUCCCCAGCCCUCGAGAGCUAGAAGGACCCGUGUAUGAAAAAUGCAUGGCUGGAGGGGAAGAAUAUUGUGAUAGCCCACACAGUGAGCCAGGGACCAUUGAUGAAGUUGACCAUGACAAUGGCACUGAACCUCACACCAGUGAUGAAGAAGUGGAACAGAUUGAGGCCAUCGCCAAGUUUGACUACGUGGGGCGGUCCCCACGUGAGCUGUCCUUCAAGAAGGGGGCCUCGCUGCUGUUGUACCACCGUGCCUCAGAGGACUGGUGGGAAGGUCGUCACAAUGGCGUGGAUGGACUCAUCCCACAUCAGUACAUAGUCGUACAGGACAUGGAUGAUGCCUUCUCCGACAGCCUCAGCCAGAAGGCGGACAGUGAGGCCAGCAGUGGGCCACUGCUGGACGACAAGGCCUCCUCCAAGAACGACCUCCAGUCCCCCACGGACCACAUCUCGGAUUACGGCUUUGGGGGGGUGAUGGGCCGAGUGCGGUUACGAUCUGAUGGAGCAGCCAUUCCCAGGCGCCGAAGCGGGGGCGACACACACAGCCCGCCCCGGGGCCUGGGCCCCAGCAUAGACACGCCGCCCCGGGCCGCCGCCUGCCCCAGCAGCCCCCACAAAAUCCCCCUCACCCGGGGCAGGAUCGAGAGCCCCGAGAAGCGGAGGAUGGCGACGUUCGGGAGCGCUGGCAGCAUCAACUACUGUGACAAGAAGGCGCUCUCAGAAGGGCACUCCGUGAGGUCGACGUGCGGCUCCACCAGGCACAGCAGCCUGGGGGACCACAAGUCCCUGGAGGCUGAGGCCCUGGCAGAAGACAUAGAGAAGACCAUGAGCACGGCUCUGCACGAGUUGCGGGAACUCGAGAGGCAGAACACGGUCAAGCAGGCGCCGGACGUGGUGCUGGACACCCUGGAGCCCCUGAAGAACCCGCCCGGCCCCGCCAGCUCGGAGCCCGCCAGCCCCCUGCACACCAUCGUCAUCCGAGACCCCGACGCGGCCGUGCGGCGCGGCUGCAGCUCCUCCGCGGAGAUGAUGACCACCUUCAAGCCCGCGCUGUCCGCCCGCCUGGCCGGCGCCCAGCUGCGCCCGCCCCCCGUGCGGCCCGUGCGGCCCGCCGUCCAGCACCGCUCCAGCAGCAGCAGCAGCUCAGGGGUGGGCAGCCCGGCCGUGACACCCACCGAGAAGAUGUUCCCCAACAGCUCAGCGGACAAGUCGGGCACCAUGUGACCUGCAGGCAGGCUGGGGCACACCAUGGCCGGGGGCCUCUGUGACUUCCACACCCUUCUCAGUGCUCCUGGUCAGGGGUCAGCCUGAAAGGUCUGUGCCGAGCUGAGACCCGGCGCUGGCCGCAGCUCCAUCCAGCUGGCGGGUGUGACAGAGGCCAGAGGAGCAGGAGCUGGAGUUGGAGCUGGAGCUGGAGCUGGAGCAGGCGCGGGAGCAGAGCAGCCCCAGCUAGAGCGUGUCCUUAGGUGGUGGCAACAUGUUAAGCGAUUUCGCUGGCAUAUCGUCACUGGAAAACGAUCCUCUCGACAUUCUCUCUACUACAUACAUAAAUAUGUGUGUAUAUAUGUAUAUGUGUGCUAUACACACAUAUCUAUGUAUGUAUGUGUCUGUAGGUGUGUGUACAUAUAUAUAUAUAUUUAUGCAUCUAUAUACAUAUAACUAGGUCAGGACACAUACUAAAUGUAUAUAGGAUCUCCUUUUUUUCUUUUUACGAAACUUAGAUUUACCUCAGACCCAUGCCACCAAACACCUCCCGCUGUUAUUUGGUGGGAUGUGCAGGGACUUUUUCUGGGAGAACUUAGAGGCCCACAGUAACUGCGGACGAAGCAAUAUACCACUAAGCUGCAGAAAAACACAGUCUCCCACUGUCUCCAGAAGCCGUGGCCUUCCAGAACAGUCUGCCCCUAACGAAGGGUGGGGUAGGCAGUCCCCGAGCAGGCUGCUCCUAGAGGUGGGGAAACCCCCUGUCCAACCCAGAGACCCUGCCUUUCCACCCGAAGGCCAAGGACCAACUGUACCCCCAAAGGCACAGGAGGACGUUGGCAGAAAGACCCUCCGACCACAGCAUCCGUGUGUUUGUGCGUAGAAAAGGGGGUAAUGAGAACCUAAGCCCCAUCAUAGCACAGUGUGAUGUGUGGUUGGGAAAAGGGGAAAAAAAUAAAUAAGACCACAGUGGUAUGGAACACUUCAAAACCUAGUAACGCUGUAGGAAUAAUUCUGGUAACUAUAGAGGUUUAACUUACACAAUUUUCAAAAUAUUUAAUUUUUUUUUCCUUUCCUCUUUCUACUAAUUAUACUGUGUCAGAUGUGGAACUAAACAGGCAAGGAGGUUCUGAGUCACAUCGUUUUCAUUAAAAAUCAGGCCAUGACGCACUUUGGCUGGUGCCCGCUUGCACGAAAUGCAUGAACCGUAAGUGCCCAGGGCUGGGGAGGGGGCGGUCCUUGGCACUUUCUGUCCCAGAGAAUGCUUAGGUUGCGUUUAUGCAAGUGAAAUAGCUUCCCUCUCGCUCUUCCCUUCCCUUCCCUUUCACCUACCUUCCCCAGAGCAUUUAACGUACAUGAAACACGGUGAAAGAAUUGGGGGGCGGGGGGUUGUGAUCGUCAAGUAUUCUGAGCAAGCUUUCCCCUCUUGGCUGGGAAAGGGCCUCUGCAUCACCCUCCCUCGAUUCUAUUUUGCUUCCUCCUUGCAUCUCCUGGUUUUCCAGAGAUGGCUGCUGAUGGGUAAUGGAACACAGAUGAACUAGAUUCUAACGGGACCACUUUUAUUCACCACCUUCGUGCCAAGCCAAGGGUUUCCUCCCUAUUCUUCUCAAGCUUCAUCUCUUUCUCUAGGCCUCUGGGUGUGUCCAUGGCCGUGGUUAGGAAUAAAAAGUCCCAUGUGUCCCAGCGCCCACCACUUGGGAGCUGUGGGACUCUGGCACGUCCCUGCACCUCUCUGAGUCUCAGUUUCCUGCUCCAUAACAUGAAGAUAAUAAGGAUAAAAAUGUAAAUGAGUAAGCUGUUUAGAAAGCACUGUGCCAACACGAUUAUUCUUUUUAUUGUCAUUAGGGAAGUCUUUUAGCUCAAACCCAUCUUUUUAAAACCUCCUAAUGGCUUUUGAGAGUAGGCAGUGGAAUUUUUCUACCAGCUUCAUAAAAUCCCCAAGCCCAGGCCUGCAGAUAUAUCAUCUACAGAUGCUCAAAACUCCAUCAAUAUCACUUCACCCCUUAGAUGACUUGCCUUGCCCUCUGGUCUUCCGCAAAAAGGUGACUGCCUCCAGAGGGAGGGGCCUAUUGAGCCACUAAUCCCUGGGUGUGAGGAAACAGGAAGCCCUUCUGCCUCACUUGAGCAUUGACAUUGAGAGCACACAGUGGAAGGAAGAAGCAAGCAAGGGCCCCAAAAGAGGAUGCCAGGGAGAGACAAUGGCAAGCUUGAUCUUCCUUGUCUUGCCUAGAACCAACUGUUCUCUUAGCCCCUGGAAAUGAAAGCCCCUCAGAGCAAGCACCUCUGUGGGCAGUAUGAAGAUGUCCCCAUUUUAUAGCUUAGAAAAGAAAGCAACACCUUGGGUUAGGCUGUGCUCACCAUGUAAUAGGUGCCUGAGAAAGGGGAUCAUGUCAGUCACAGAAGUCAUUUAUUUGCAAGGAUGCUAUCCUGUCUAGCCAGGGUACAAGAUAUCUCAUUCCUACCCCACAGAUACUCCCAGACCUUAAAUAUAGUUGCCUCCUGUGCAAAAUGUAGCAUUCUCUGCCAGGACUACCAGACGCAAAGAGAAAAAUCUGAGCUGACAGACCUGGUGCCUGAUCUAUCAAUACAUAACACCAGUCCAACCAUGUGGCUUUUCCUCUGAAUUGACUAACUUCAUUCCUGAGAAUGGACCUGCCUUUCACUGAAUUAUCAGAAGGCAGAGCUGUAGCUGCAUUCUUUAAGCACCUGUUUUUCCAUUGGGAAAAGGCGGAUGAGUUCACAUUUAGAGAAGCUCACACCUCACUCAUCCAGCCCCAAAUCUGAGCCUUGACGCAUUGCCAAAUGGAAAAAUACUUUCUUGCAUCCCCCAUUCUCUGCCUCCCCCGUACCCCCCACUUCCUCAUCUGGCACUCUGCAUGUCUCUGUCCCUCCACAGGCACCCCUCCCCACCCACAGUCACCCAGCACUGGCAUUCUCUUCCCAACUCCUGCCUGUGUUAGUCCACUAUAUAUUGCUGUCUUUGCUUCAAUGCUGGAAAGUAACUGUUAAAAUGUGAAAUCGUAAUUUUUAAAAAAAAGGCGACAAUUAAAUUAUAGCCACUCACCAAAUCUCUGCACCUAGUAGAUAGUUCGAUGUAAAAAAAAAAAACAAAUACGAGAAACCUAACUGUACAGUGAGUGUGGGGGAAAUGUAGUAACCUAGUUCGUAGUCCUCAAUAUAACCAGUUGUACAAGGGGAAGUGGUGUUUACCUACUUGUUCAUCACCAUUGCUGAGAGCUGUGCCGAUCAGUUUGUCGAUAACGGGCAUUUUUUGUUUAAAUUAUUAUUUUUUUUUUUUGCUUCACAGAAUGAUUUAUUUAACCUUCGACUUAUCCUGAGGUCAAGCAUUUUGUCUUUACGUGUAACCGAUGUUCAGUCUGUUUUAGGAAUGAACCAGCAAGAUGUUCAUUUAGAACUGACCAAAGACAAUUCCUUCCUGGUCUAUGUCCUGGGCCCCGGGGCCCAGGCGCCGCUAAAGAACCUUCCUCGGAUAAAAGUGAGAACAAGCCGUGCUUGCCCCCACUCUCCCUCUCUCCUUUCUCCCCCCUUCCUCUUAAAGAGCUGCUCUGAGCUGUGGGAUUCUAUGAAAAAUUCUUGCCUUUCCUUGUUUUCAGUGCUAACGAUUUCUCACCUUGAAGCGCCUUUGAACCCGGACAGAGCACCCAUGGGAGGGAUAUGUAAGCUCGGGCGUUAGACUUGGGAGUCUGUCCUCUGAGGUCACCAGGCCAAGGAGCAGGAGCAAAGUGGAUUCCCAAGGCCUAACAGGCUUCUAUUCAAUGAAGAAAUUUCUUGGGAAACGGAGCCAUCCCUUGGCCACGGCUGGAACCAGCAGUUUAGAGAUCUGCCUUAUAAACCCUUCAGAACGGGUUCACGAUACACAGAGGGAGCCAGCAUGGGGAAGGGCCUUGACCCCGGGGCUGGCUUCUCCGUUGGAGGCCCUUGGAGUGCCUUGGUGGGUGUGUUUCUUUCUCAUUCAGGAAGCAUGAACACAAGGGGCUUCCUGUGACCUGGUCACGACCUGGCCCUCAGCGCACAUCCUUGGCUGAUGGGAAACCACAAGGACUAAUGUCACGGUUCUUCCUCUAGGUCUUCUGAGUCCUCACUGUUCACACAUCCAAAAGGUUCCACACAAGAGCAAAUGCCUCAUUCUCCCGAGAAAGAGGAGUGGUUGGCUCACAGCCAUGGUGGGGGGCCCUGUUGGGCUUGGCGCUUGGCAGGGAGGAAAAGGCAGGAAGGGCGAGCCCAGGUGUGGCUUAGCUGAUUUUCUGCUGUGCAGAGCUAAUGCUGACGUUCCAUGUCAACUUCCCCGGUCUCCGGGGUCUCCUCUCUCGUGCAGAGAAUCCCACACACACCCAAACUGCCAGGGGAGCCGAGCGAGGGGGAGCUGCCGGGUGGGAGUGCUCCCGGCCUCUCCUCUCCAAGGUUGAUUUGCCAGUGUCCCGCCGCCCCGCCCUCUGGGACUGGCCGAACGGCCAGCGCUGCCCCUCUCGGACACCUCCUUUCUGUGCGAACUGUCCCUCACAAAGCUGUCUCUUGGACCAGAACAAACAGAACGCACCCCGCCUUCCUCAGAGGGAGGCUCUGCUGGAGUUACCGCUGGGCUCCGGCCCCUGGCAGCUGGCUGUUUACACGGUUUGGCAAUAGGCUUGGUUCUGAUUGCUUCAGAGUGGCUGGUCUGUUUUGUUUUCUUCGGUUUCCCUCCUCCCCAAACCCUGUCAGGAAAAAAAAAAAAAGAAAGAAAAAAAUUGAAACCGCCCUCGGAAAUUGCUGGUUGCUUGUCCCCACGUGAUGAGAAGUGCUGCCCUCUUCCAGAUAUUGUUUCUCUACCUUACAGCCGACGCCCGUCCUGUAGAGUGUCUGAUUAGAUCCUCUGUCGCAUAUUCUGAUGGUGCCUGCUGGUUUGAUGUGGAGCUAUCCUGUGAAAUAAAACAGCUUAACUUUUCUCAAA